GUUUGUUUGCUUGUUUGUUUGUUUUUUGUUAAUUCUGUUUUUCGGUUUUUUAUUUGAAUGCCGACAUUUUCCAUGCUCGUGGCUUCCCGCAGUGCCGCUCGCUUGGCUGCUUGCGGCUCUCGCAUGCUAGCAACCGUAGCAACUGCUCACAACACGGCGAGCCAUCGCACAGACGGCUUUGACUGCACCAGAGCGAGCGCCAACGCCAACGCCAAGACAAUUGUCUUGGCCAUGUCCUCGCGCCCUCUCCCGCUGCCGUUUUCUGGGCACGACCUUGCGUCACCGAGAAACCUUGUCAUGCAGCCGGUGCGCUGUCUCCACGUUGGCAUCCCCGCACAUAGCUCGCAGGAUCCCCCGCCCGAGCAGCUGAUCCGCGAGUUGCAGACACAACUCGACGAGUGCUACAAGCAAAAAGCGGCGCUCGAAGCUUCCAAGGCAGCCCCAGCGCAGCGCCACCAGAAUUUUGAGCUAUGGCUCGUCCCUCCCAACCCGCGCAUGGACGCUCUCAACCACACCAUUGACACACUCACAACGGCCAUCGCGGACCUCAAGACCAGCCACGCUGCCCACGCAGCGAAGCUUGAGGCCAACAUCGCGGACCUCAAGACCAGCCACGCUCUCAAGACCAGCCACGCUACCGACAUCGCGGACCUCAAGACCAGCCACGCUGCCCACGCAGAGAAGCUUGAGGCUAAGAUCGCGGACCUCAAGACCAGCAUGCUGCAGCAGAGUGCGCAAGAGAGUGCUGCCAUCACCUUCCAUGCUCCACUCGAGCGAGCCAGUGACUACUUUAUUGAUUUAGCUCGAGACCGCAAUACAUCUCCACAACAAUUCCGCACGCUUCUAGGCGAAGAAAUCGCUCGCGUCACACUGAACACAAAUGCCUCGAGUGACGCGCCUCAUCUGGACAGUUUGACGCGUGUACUUAAAGAACACGCGCUUUCUUACGACACCUGGGACCUUUCACAGAGCAUCCGCAGCAGCCGAAAUGAUCAAGCAUAUCCAAAACUUAUCACGUACGAGAAGUACCGUGAACUUUGGCGCAUGUUAAAGGUCGCCGACCGCCCAGUGAGCGACCUUGACCGUCGUGGGCUCCUCCUUCAGAUGGUUGUUAUUGGUAUGGAGGUUUGGGCAGGGGUGCGGAAGGCUCCUUCGAAGAAGGAAUGAAUAUAAAUUGGUUUAUAAUGAUUCAGGUAGACCGUGCUUCUGCUCUAGGAAGCUUGUU